AUGUCGGAUGAAUCUAGCCACGAUAGUAGCAGUAAACUGAAUGGGCUGGUGGGUACCGGGGGGAGGCCGCUUCAGAUCGGGGACGAGAUCCCGAACUUCACGUGCGAAUCUCACAUGGGGAGCAUAACGCUUCACUCGUACAUCAACAGCGGCUGGGGGGUAAUCUUCACAUAUCCGCGAAAUAACGACCCUGUAGCUUGCACGGAGCUUGGAAUGCUGAGCAAACUGUCCGAGGAGUUCGACGAGAGGAACUGCAAGCUGCUCGCCAUCGGCGUGGACUCAAAAAUAGGACAUCGGAACUUCAUCAAGGAGGUGCAGGAACUCCAGGACUGCGAGUUGAAGUUCCCCAUCAUAGCCGAUGCCAGCGGCGAGAUAUUUUCGCUCCUGGGUUUGGUACGGGAGGAUGCAAUGGACCCCACCAAAGGACUUGUGCCUCAGACGUCUUUGCUGGUGAUCGACUUGGACUUGCGUGUGAGGAUGAUAGUCCAGUACCCGUGUACUGUUGGGCACAACUACUACGAGGCUCUGAGGGCGAUUGAUGCGCUGCAACAGGCAACGUUCAACCGGGUCGGGAUACCGGCCAACUGGAAAGAAGGCGAGGAUGUGCUUGUCGGGGCAAACGUCAUUUUGACUUCUACCCUGGCGUACCUAGAGUUCCGUGGCAACACGUUUUUGCCAAUGGAACAUCAACUCGGCCAGGCCCGGUCCCGAUCAUUCGCCGAACUGGGAACCAUAAAAAUCUAUUGUCACUGAGACACGUUGGAAAUCUGGGCGGAAACGGUUCCCGCUAUUGUAGUGGUUGACACAUGGUACCGGGACAAAGACAAAAAAACUGUCAAGUUCAACGGCACCCAUACCAGUGAGACGUGUCGACGGUCCGUAUCGAGUCUCAAAUCACGUACUGCCCGUUAUCCCAGGUGUCAUCGUCGGACGUUGGGCAAAUGUUUCCCAAGGGGUUCGUCCAGCUACGACCAUGGUUCAGGGUGACCCCUCAGCCAGACUACGACACGAUAUGACCCUUGGUUCGGUACUCGAGCUCCCACUGCUUGAUGGUGCCCUCCGACAUCUCGACAAACUCGGCCGACGCCUCGAAGGCUUCUCGCCUCGACACCCCCUCGAGUAACUUGCUGUACACCGCUCUCAGGGCGAGGGCUUUGAUGAGCAGUUUGCCAGCUUGUGCGUGCGAAACAUCCAUGGUCUCGUCGAGCCCAGCAGAUGUUGCUGCAACUGCACUCUGGCACUCCUUCACAACGGCGCGGAAGUACUCGACUCCUUUCUCCCAGCCAGCCUUGCGUGCAGCGGACGCCAAGGCUGCCUUCUCCAGCUGCGAUCUAUGAUUUGCGAGCUUGCCCAGAGCCUCUGUCCUUCGCACACCCCUGUUGCU